UUGCUAAGCGUUUCCCAGGUCUGAUGAUGAAACUUCUGGUGAAGACGGUGAAAACUCCCAUCAUCACGUUUGAACCCAACAAUGCGACAGUUCAGAGCUUGGCCUCGGUGACAGCUUACGCUAUCCAACCCAACGCCACACUUACGCCUCUCUUUGUCCUGAACUUGGACUCCAGUGUCAGCGCCCGAGUGUUUGUCAGUGGAACGAGGUUGGCCGGAGCCGUCACCCUAAACAAAAUGGAUCUGACCCUGGGGACGAGCUAUGUCGGAGACUUUCAGGUCAGUUCGCUCGACAACAUCUUUCAAAUGGUCCUCAAAAUGGUGGUGAUACCUAGAUUGAAUGCUCAACUUGCAAAGGGAUACCCUCUUCCGACACUUGGAAAGAUGAAGCUGGUGAACACUCAGCUGCUGGUCCUGAAGGACCACCUGAUGAUUGGGACCGAUGUUCAGUUCACGGGUUGAGUGGCAUUUCUGGAAGCUUCCAAUUCUGCACCAUGAAGACACAAUCACAGUUCAACUCAACAAACAAAUGAAUGAUGAAGAAAUAUUACCGUCAAAUGCUGAUCACCUGUUCGGGAUAUCAACCCAGGUUUUCAUACUGCUUUUCUAUUAAAUAUGAACCUCAUAUACAAUGUAGACAGUGCACAGUCUGCUGGAGAAGGUUUGCAUAUUUUUUUUAAACAAUAAACUCCUUUUAAAGUGGAUCAGCACUCUCUGCUGCCAACUUUAUGAACAAUUUAUAACUCAAAGGUUUCUGUUUUUGUUUCAA